AUGAAUUAUUAAAUUAAGGGGAACAUUAACUAUCAUCUAGAAAUCUAAGCAUCGUAGUUGAAUGAAACAACCAAUAUUACAAUUAAUGCAUUCUCAUCUAAAAUUAACUAAAUCCCGUUAGGAUGCAAAUUUUAAUGGUUUAAGAAAUUAGAUAAUGAACGCAUUAAAAUUGAGACUUAGGGCAAUAUAUAUCCAUGUAGCAUAUUCGAUAUUGGUUAUAAGAUCGAGGCAAUCGUACAACCAUUUGAAUAAGGCUACGAAGGAUAGGCAAUAAUCGAAUUCUAAAAAAUUCAAAUAUCGACCUCAUUAGAGAAUAAACUCUCCCAAUUAUAUCAUAACAAUAUGAAGUAACUUUUAAGUAGAUUAUGUUAGAUAAUAGAUUAUUUGCAAUGAAUAGAAUUGGAUAUUUUCCUUAGACUAUUUAGAAAAUAGUACGACCUAAUAAAAAAUUUAAUAUGCAGAUUAAUGUAUUCUCUCAAAUUAGAAUUAACUAUAAGUUUAGUUCAACAAUCAAAUAAUGAAAUUCAGAUGCAAAGAUGACAAAGGUAAUUUGCAUGUAAAUACUAGAUGCGUUUUGUGCAUUCUUUAUUUCAAUGUAAUCUUUAAGAAGAGUGCAUUUGAAAUUUAUAGCUUAUAACAUUGGGAAAUUGAAUUAGAAACAAGUUAAUUUUUAAUAAUUGUUGAAUGCAUAAAUAUUGUAAUUAAUAAAUGAGAAAUCAGCUAUGCCAAUUAAGAAAUUUGAGCCAAUUUAAUCGAAUAUUAUCAUGGCAACUAGUCAAGACUUAAGAUCAAAUAAUUAAUAAAUAAAUCAACUUAAAUAGGAAGUUAAUCAACUUUAAAAUGAGAAACAGAAACUAUAGUAAUAGAUUGAUAAAUUAAUGAAAGACAAUAAAGAAUUAGGUAUUAAAUUUAUAAUAUUGAUUGAUAGAAAUAAAUAGCAGAUCUAAUGUUGCAUCAAAAGACUAAUUAGACAGUAUGGAUCGAUUAAUUCAAUCAUUAAAAAAUGAAGUAUACUCAUUGAAAUAGAGAGAAACUGAUUUGAUGAAUUAAAACGGUAGACUAACUAUGGCUUUGAAUGAGAAAUGCGAUAAAUCAUUAUCUCAAUCUUAAUAUUUUGAUGAAUUCAAAGAAAAACAAUAUUAAGAGAAAUUAUAAGAAUGCAAUAAUGAGAAAUUACGACUAUAAGAAGAAUUAAAUAAAUAUUAAAAGUUUGGGUCAUCUUCAAGGACCAGUUAAAAUAAUGAUGGAGAGAAAGAGAGGUUGUUAUAAGUGAAUUAGAAAUUGAUGUAAGAAAUAGCAACAUCAACAAAUAAGAUUAAAGAAUUAUAAUUGGAAGUGGAAAUGAUGAAAAACAUGAGCAGAAUCAGUAUGUCAAUGUCUAUGAUGGAGGAUCCUGUUAUGAAAACUAAGAUUGAAUAAUUAGAGUAAGAGAAUCAGUAUUUAUAAAAAAAAAUAUCUAUUUUAGAAGAAGAAUUGUCAAAGAAGAAAUAACAAAAACCACAAAAAUAGUAAUCAGAUAGAGAUUUACAAAUAUCGAAGUUAACUGAAGCUAAUAAACGUUAUUUGGAGGAAAACUUGAAAUUAUUUGAAGAGAUCAGAUAAUUAAGAGAGAAAUUUGAUUACUCAUCUGUUUUAUAAGGUUCUAUGAAAGAUUCAUAAAUAUAAGAAAAUGUUGUUAAUAAUCAAUUGGAACAACAAAUUGAAAGAAUGCAAUAAAUACAUAAUUUAGAGAUUUAGAAGAUGAAAAAGAAAAUAGAAAAAUUGACAACUGAUUUGUAAGAAGCUAAUCAAGUUAAAAAAUAGUUUGAAUAAUUAAUCAAAUAAAAUAAGAGAUUAGUUGAGGAGAAUACACAUUUAACUGAAUAAAUUAAGAAUUUAGCUGAUAUCAAUACAUCUCGAUCAUUUUCUGAUAAUAUGUUGAAUUCUAAGAUAUUUAAUAGUGAUCAAUAUAAAGAAUUAGAGUAAUAAUUGGGUGUACUAAAUAGAAAGAAUGAAGAACUAUAAUCUAAGCUUGAUUUUCAAUUGUAAAGAGAUUCAUAAUAAUUGGACAAGAUAAAAACAUUAGAAUUAGAAGUUACUAAAUAUAAAAAUUAAAUCAGAGAUAUGGAAUACAAUAAUUUAGAAAGUAAUGAGGUUAAACUACUUCAAAAUCAAAUUGAUGAGUAUUAAAAUACAAAAGAUAAUUUAAUGAGAGAGAAUAUUAAAUUAAGAGAUGAUUAUUCUACUUUAAUAUAAGAUAAAGAAUACCUAAAUGGAAAAAUUAAAUAAUUAGAAAACUCUAUAUUUGAAUUAAAAUAAAAACAAAUGUAAUUACAAGAAGAAAAUAGAACACUUAAAUUAUUUCCUUAAAGUGCUGAAAGACAAUUCAGUAUUUAAAUUUAAUAAUUACAAACAUAAAAUAAAAAUUUAACUGAGGAAGUAGUCAGAUUACAAUCACAAUAAAAUGCUUUAAAAGAUUUGAAUCAAAGUAACUUAUCAAUCAAUGAAAGUGUUUUAGGUUCAAAAGUUUAUGAGGCAAAAGAGUACAAAUUAUUAGAAAAUCAGAAGGAACUAUUGUUUAAUGAAAAUUAAUAAUUAAAAUUAGAAAUAAGACAAGAGUAAUAGAAGUUCGAUGAUUAAAUUAAAUUUUAAGAGUAAAUUAAAUCUCUUUAAAAUGAGAAGGAUCUAUUAAGUUAAUAAUUAAUAUCAAUCAAAGAAUCACAUUCAAGAUAAAUAAUAACUUUACAAAAUGAAAUUGAUAAGCUAAAUUAACAAUUAUAAAAUAUAUCUAUAAAUGAAAGUAGAUAUAGAAUUGUUGUUAAUGAGAACAAAUCUGAUGAUUUUUCUUAGAAAUAAUAAGAAAUAUUGAGAUUGGAAAGUGAAAAUAGAUAAUUAAAUUAAUAGAUUUAAAGGAUACAAUUAUAGUAUGAUACUGAGGUUAGAAGGUCAUAGACUUAAUUAUCAGAUCUUUAAUUUGAAAAUAAUAAACUCACAAGAGAAAUAGCAUCAUCUAAAUAGUAUUCAGAGUCAGUAGUAAUCAAUUUAAAUGAAAAGAAAUAAUACUAAAGUUAAGAUAGCGAAAUUGCUUAACUAAAAAAUCAAUUAGCAGAUAAAACUCAUUAGUUAAAGAUGAUUUAAACAAAUAGUCAAAAUACUAUGGAAGAAUUAUAAUAGGUGAUUAGUAAAUUAGGAUUAGAAAAUAAAAAUAUUAAUGAAGUGCACAAUUCAAUCAAAUCUCGACUUGAAGCACAGAUUAAUAAAUUAGUUGAAUAGCUAAAAGAGAAAGAUGUAUAAAUAAACAGAAUAUCAGAUGAAAUAAGAAAGAAAGAAUAAAUAAAUAAGUAGCAAGAAGAUGAUUUAUUUAUGAAAUCAAAUUAAGUAGAACAUUUAAUACAAUAAAAUAAAUCACUUGCAUUACAAGUAAAUAAUUUGAAUUUUGAAUUGUAAGAAUUAAAGAUGGCUAGUCUUUCUCAAUCAUUUUCUAAAACUCAUAUUGAUGCCAGAGAGAGUGAAAACCAAGAAUUAUAAAAUGAAAUAUAAUCACUCAGAAUUCAAAUAUAGACUCUAGAGCAGACAUAGCAAUCACAAUUAUAUUAACACUAAAAAAUUAUUAAAUAAUAAGAAAGUGCUAAAUUGAUAUAAUUGGAAGAUGAAAUAAUGUAUUAUCAGAAAGAAAUCUAAGCGAUCAAAGGUAAAUUACAUAUAACAAUGGAAGAUUGCGAAUUUUAUAAGCGUGAGUUUAUUUAAAGUUAAUAAUAACUUGAAAAAAUAAAAAAAGAGUAAACUUAGAAACAAGUUGAAAAAUAAUCAGUAUUAGAGAAUGAAUUAGUACAACUUAAAGAGAUCAAAUUAGAAUUAACUGAAGAAAAUUUAGAGUUAUCUGAUAUCAUUUAAAAGUAACAAAUAUAAAUGUAGGAUUUGUAACUAGAUUUGGAUGAAUAAAUUCAAAGUAACAAAGCAGUUACAAAAUUGAAAAUUUAAUUAUAAUUGGAAUGCGAAAAAUUAUAAAGAGAAAAUUUGCAAUUAAAUAAUAAAAUGCGUGAGGUAUCGAAUAUAUAAUAGUUUAAAAAAGAUAAAGAACUGAAUGAAUCAUUAAAAUAAAUUUAAUAAAUGGAGCAGGAAAGGAUAAAAUUAAAUAGUUAAUGCGAACAAUAACAGAAAUUAAUAGAUGAUUUAAAAAGCAAUUUUGAGAUGCUAUCGAAUGAGAAGGAUGAAUUCGAGAUUAAAUUACAUUCAAGUGGACAAUAGCAACAAGAAAUGCAAAUAUUAUUAAAAUAAAAAGAUCAAUAAAUAAAGUCACUUGAACAAGAGCGCUAGUAUUUAAGUAAAGAACUUGAUAAUGAAUAAUAAAAAGAUUAAUUUUAGAAAAAGAAGUUUGGAGAAUUGACACUUUAAGUUUCUAAUAAAGAAAACGAAAUAUAAUAAUAAAUUGUUAAAGUUAAGAGUCUAGAAGAUCAUAUCUUAAAGAGGGAUCAACAAAUUAAUGAAUUGAAUAAUUAAAUAGGUUAAUUGAAUGAGUAAAUUAAUAAAGAUGAAAAUGAAAUUAUUCCAAAUUUGAAGUAAGAAUUAAAUUAAUUAAAUCAAUAAUUUGAAAGUUUAUAAGAAUAACUUGCAUAAAUGGAAUAAUAAAUUUUAAGCAUAAGUAGAGAGAAAUCACCUGUUAGGUCAAAAAAUAAUUCUUUAUGCAAGCCUUUUGAAUAGGGAUUAAAUGAAAAGAUAGUUUAGUAAGAAUAGACAAUAAAUUAAAAAUGUCAAGUAAUAGAGAAAUAGUAAGAAUAAAUUAAAAUAUUGACUCAAUAAAAUGAUGGUUUAUUACAAUAAAUUAAUAAAUUAUAUGAGGAUUUAAAAGAACAAUAAGACAAAUCAUUUUCUCUAGAUAGAAGUUCAGAAACAUAUUUAAUAAAUAAAAGUUUCAACUCAAAAUACAACCUAGAUAGUGAAUUAAUUUUAUAACAUUAAUAUUAAUCACAUGAUAUUUAUGAAAGCGAUAGAAAAAGAUAAUCGUAAUAUUAACAAUUUGAAUAAACUUUGUAAGAAAGCGUUUAAGAAAAUAAAAUUUUAAAAUAAGAAAUUGAAUAAUUAAAAUAGGUUAUAUAACAAUAGAAAUAAGAAUAUGAAUAGUAAAUAUAGAUGAUACCCAUUUCUAAUCAACGUUAAAAUUCUGAAAUUAAUCGCUAAUUCGAGAUAAUAGGCUAAGAAGAUCAAAAAUCACAUAGUUUGCCUUGUUAUAAUGAAACAAUUAGAAAUGAAUUAUAAUAAUAAAUUGACAGACUGGAAGUAGAAUUAAUGGCAAAAUAAGGGUUGGAAUAAUCAAACUAAAGAUUAAAUGAUGAAAUCAAAUUAUAAAUAACCAAAGUUGUAGAUUUUUAAUAAAAGGUCGAAGUAUUAGAAGAAUUAAAUUAAGUAUUAAAUUAAGAGAUUUAACAGAAGGAUGAGAAAAUAAAGCAUUUAUAAUUAUUGAUAAUUGAAAACUCAGAUUCAACAGUAGCAUAAAAAGAGGAAGAAUAUCUUAAAUAAACAUAAUAGUUAUAAGAUGAAAUUCUUAUGCUAGAAAAAUAAAAUCAAUAAUAUGAAAAUUAAUUAUCUGAAUGUUAAAGUAAGGUUGAAACUCUUGAAAAUGAGAUAUUAAGAAAAUCCUAAUAAUUAUCAAUAAAAGACAGUCAAGUCAAUUAGAAUAAUAGGAAAAACAAAAGGCUAGAGGAAUAAAUAUAAGUGUUAUAGGAUUAAUUGAAAGGCUAAGGUGGUUUAGUUACAUAGAAUAAGGACGAUUUAAUAUAAUAAUUAUAAAAUGAGUAGGAAUAGAAUAGAGCUGAAAUACUUGAAUGUUAAAAAAUAAGUACAUUUUCCAAUUAAAUUUAGUUAAAUCAUUUGAAGAAUAGAUUGAUCGAUUAACAAAAAGUAAUUCAGCAUUAAUGUAAGAGAACUGCAGAGUUAAUGAAUAAUUAAAGGAAAAUUUAAAUGUAAGUUAUCUCAGCAGUGAUUCACAAAAUCAUUGA